CAGGCAGCCAGACGAAGGGCUCGUCUCUCUGCACCCAUCCCGCACCGUUCUCGCGCAUACCCCGCAUUCACGUUCACAUUCGCACCAUCACCAUCCCCACCACUACCAUGCUGGCACUUCGCCCCCGCGCCGUCGCGAUUCCCCGCGCUCGCACGAGCAGCAGGAUCUCCAUCGCCGCGCGCAUACGCUACUACUCUGUGGUCGUGAACGCGCCUAUACCCAAGAAGACCAAGGUCUGGGACUCUGCAGACGAGGCUGUCAAGGAUGUCAAGUCGGGCGACAUCAUCCUGUCCGGAGGGUUCGGACUCUCUGGUAUCCCCGAGACGCUCAUCAAUGCCAUGACCAAAAGGCGAGACGUUAAGGGCCUCACCGCCAUCUCCAACAACGCCGGUGCAGGAGACCAUGGUCUCGUAAAACUCAUCAAGUCUGGUCAGCUUGAGAAGGUUAUGAUCUCAUACCUCGGAGGAAACAAGUACCUCGAGUCCGCAUACCUUAACGGCGACGUCGGUAUCGAGCUCGUGCCCCAGGGCACGCUUGUCGCGCGUUUGCACGCGCAUGCCUCCGGCGAGCCUGCCAUCUACACGCCUACCGGUGCGAACACGGAAGUCGAGCAUGGCGGUAUCCCCAUUCGCUACAAGCCCGGCGGUAUGAGCGCUGGCGUCCUGAUCCCCGGUAACAAGAAGGAAGGGCGCGACUUCGAUGGCCGGAGGUUUAUCCUCGAGCCUGCCAUUGCGGGCGACGUCGCGUUCGUGCACGCGUGGAAGGCCGACGAGGUUGGCAACCUGGUGUUCAGGUAUACCGCGAACAACUACAACGGCGUCAUGGCCCGGAACGCGAAGCUCACGAUCGUCGAGGCCGAGGAGAUUGUGCCCGUCGGAAGCUUGUCUCCGAACGCGAUCCAUGUGCCUGGCGUCUACGUCGAUCGCAUCGUGAAGGCGACCGAGCCCAAGUCGAUCGAGGUUACGAAGCUGGCGCCGAGCAAGGAGGCGCAGACGAAGGAGCCCGCUCCUGGAGAGAGCGACGACAAGGUGUCCAAGGACUGGCGGCACCGUAUUGCGAAGCGCGCCGCUCGCGAGAUCGGCGACGGCUUCUACGUCAACCUCGGUGUCGGCAUCCCCACGCUUAUUCCUGAGCACCUCGACCCCGCCGUGAAGGUCUGGCUGGAGAGCGAGAACGGUAUCCUUGGCAUGGGCCCCUACCCCACGGCUGAGCAAGUUGACCCUGAUAUCAUCAACGCGGGUAAGGAGACGACCACGCUGCUCCCCGGCGCGUCUACCUUCGAUUCCGCCGAGUCGUUCAACAUGAUCCGCGGUGGACAUAUGGACGUUACCUGCCUGGGCGCGAUGCAAGUCUCGCAAGCGGGAGACAUCGCAAACUUCAUGAUCCCGGGCAAGCUCGUCAAGGGCAUUGGCGGUGCGAUGGACCUCGUGUCGAACCCCGACAAGACGAAGGUCAUCGUGACGAUGCAGCACGUUGCAAAGGACGGGACGCCGAAGAUCGUGAAGGAGUGCUCACUUCCGCUCACGGGCGCGCGGUCAGUCGCCUUGAUCGUGACGGACAUGGCGGUGUUCAAGGUCGACCGCGCGGCCGGGACGCUUUUGCUCACCGAUAUCGCGGAGGGCGUGACGCUGGAUGAGCUCAAGGCGAAGACGGCGUGCGACUUCGAGGUCGCGAGCCCGCUGGCGACGUUCUGAGUGGGCGGAGACAUGGAUCGGACCGUACAUACAUCCGUUCUUGCAUACAUCAUGACCAUUGCGGGUGUUUUAGUGUAUCAUGUAGGGACCGUAAUACAGUGUAAUAUACCGGGCUAAGAUUCGUGGGACUGAGCGGUGAUUAAGGACGAUUGCCACCUGUCCG